AUGUCUUCCUCAAGGACGCUGUUCCUCGUCUUGUUCGUCGCCAUCCUGGUGCUGGCCACGCCCGCCGCUGCUUUUGGCGCAGGCGAGGUACCGCCCAGCAGCGACUUCAAGGGCUACGUCUGGCGACAUGGCGACAUCACCGAGGUGCUCAAGUUCUUACCGGCGUCGUUUCUGACGCACUACCGCUUCACCCAGCUCCAGCGCAAGCAAAUCUACUUUGGCAACUGGCUGCGCGAUUUCUCCCAGGUCAUUGACACCACCUGCCUGGAGAACAUACCCGAGCCCAUUCUGCGCGCCAUUGUUUCCGUCUUGGCCUUUAUGGAGUUUGGAUUCGCCACCGACGAGUUUGACGUGACAAGAGAGCGGCUGGGUUGUUAUACCCACGUCGAGCACAUUGAUAACCCCCAGGGCUACGCGGACAAUGCCCAAGACAUUGACAAGCGCCUGCGGGGCCCCGUGCAGCCCGAGGAGCUCGAGUUCGACCCAGACACGGGCAUGAAAAAUUACAUUGCCAACAGCGGGCACGGCUGGAGAACCUCGGCCGACUAUGUACGGGAGCAGCUGGAAAAGUGUAUUGCGCUCGGCCGAGAGGGCCGGAGGAAGAGGUCUUCGGGCGCCAAGAAGGAAUCCCUCAUUCACCUCGGUGCCGCCUUGCACACGCUCGAGGACUUUUCUGCGCACAGCAACUACACCGAGCUCUGCUUGCGCGAGCUCGGGGAAGACAAUGUCUUUCCCUUUGUCGGGGAUGCCUGCUUCGUCAAGACACCGGGUCUCCGGGGCAAAAAGGUCCCGCCCAUUGUGACUGGCACGUUUGGCAUGCUGGACAUUUUCCACAGCUUGCUUGGAGAGGCCGACGACAUGGCGAUUUUGCAGUCGAGGGGAACACUGGGCUCACUCGAGGAUAAGCUGGGAUUCGGCGGACCAGCUUUCGAGCAGCUGUUUGAACUCAUCAAAAAGGGCAUCGAGGCUAUCAACAAGGUGUCGCCCGAAAAGAUCCCUCUGCAAGACGAACUCAACACUGUGGCAACCAUUUUCAAAAAGGCCUCGGCAUCCGUGUCACCGCCCGAUUCGGACUCCGAGGACAAUGCAGCCGGGGUAACCAACCCAAAUUUUUUGUGGCAGACAAUUGAACCCGUCUUUUACCUACACGACCGCAUGUCCAAGUGGUUGCAGGAGGGCACGGAAGAAAAAGAAGACUCGACAUCUGAUAUGGAGGCCAGUCAACUAAGCGACUACACCAAUCAGCUCGUUUUUCGUUUUCUUGCCGUCAUGAUCGAGUCUUCUGUCAAGGAGCUCCGUGGUGCCGUCAAGGCAGCCAAGGACCGAGUUGAUGCGGAAGCCGCAAAGGCAGCCUCGGCGGCCGUCUACGAGGACGGGUCAGACGCUUCAGAUCCAAGUCACUCGGACCUGUCCAAGGACCACUUCAGCAACGUGCUCAACCAGCCAUCCGGCCUCGUCGCCACCGUCACGACCAACUGGACGGUGCAGCAAGUGGUCAGGUGCUGGGACGACCCCAAAAUUGAUGCCAACAAGACGAUUGACGAGAUCCUAACCAUUUUGCACCACCCCGCGUUUCCCAGCAAAAAGACCAAGAUUCAGCAGUACAUGUUUGACACGGUCAAGACGUGGUGGGAGGGCAACCCGCCCGAGGAGCAGGAGCGCCUGCGCUCCAAGCUGACCAAGGAAAGCGUCCGCAACCGCGGUCACGAGGAGGAGCACCUCACGCUGCGAGACCUGGUGUCGGCCGGCAAGCCCCGGGGCCCGGCAUCGUUUCCCGGGUCCGCCCCCGAGGUCCGGCAGCCGCCCAAAAAGGUCAGCUUCCCGCUCACCUGGGCCGUCAACGAAAUGGGCCGCGACCUCAACUUUUUCUUUGUCACGGCCCGCAAGAGUCUGUCGGAUCCCGUCGGCGCCAUUGGGGACGUGGUCAAGCAUACCGGUGGCGUCCUCUCGCGGGGCACCAGGGCCGUGGCGAGCGCGCCGCGGUGGCUGGCGACCAGGGUGGGUAUGCUGUGGCCUUUUGGCGGACGGAAAGAUACAGCAGAGUAG